UAAUACAUUAUUCUGCUUGCGAGCCAAAAUGGUAGCCAAAAGCCCCGAGCAAGUAAACAAUCUACACAAGAUAAAUAUGUUGAAAACUUUGCGAAAGACAGGAUUAUACUUUUUAACUUAAAAUAAAUUCUUUACUUUCCUAGUGGUAACUAUUUUAAGAUUUGCAGAGUUUUUUUAUAUUCUAAAUUUUCAUAUUUGCACAACAUCCAUAUAGACUUUGUGAUCCUGUUAAAUAUAUUCUUAUAAUACACCCUAACGAUAGAAAAAACCUAAAGUAUAUGUUAAAACCGAAAACACUUGUUUAUUGAACUAAAAAAUUGUUGAAUAAGUUUUGUUGUUGGCCCUCUCUAAAUAUUUGCAUUUUAAGAUGCUAACCCUAAUUAUGUAUUUAUGCUGCAUAAAUUAACACGUCAUAUAUUAGUUCAUAAACCACUCACUAAUAGAAAUUCCAGAGUAUAAAAAUAACAUAAGGGGUUGUAGGCUAACGUGUACUUUCGAAUAUAUCUUGGGCUUGUAAUUUGAGAUACUGCAUAGCAACAACGCAUAGCAACGUCAAACAAUGGUGUGAAAAUUUCACAAGCUAUACUAAUAACUUUGAAACAGAUGUCGAAGUAUGCUUGAGUUUUAACAAGAAAUUUUUUGAAACAUGAAAGAAACAUGUAAAUGAAAACAACAAAAAAAUUCAGAAAUGUUGAAAACAGGAUUAUGUAUGUACGUGAUGAAAUAUAUUCGCUGUGUUGUUGCCGUCCUCAGUUGGAACUUUUCCAAAAAAUAAACUGUAAUGUUGGGAACAUGUCAAACUAGACGAAGGUGGACGAAGUAUGUACAACAAAAACUAACAAUAACAACAACAGAGUAGUUUAAUGAAUAACACUAUAAAUAACAAGUAUAUUGUGAAUACACCAAAUAUACCGCUGACAACAACAACAAAAACAACAAUAACAAGAAAACAACAAACAAUAAGCAACAAGAAAAACAAAUAAAACGAUUUCUACACAACUUAGUGUCUCUCACAAACUUCUGAGUAUCACAUUAUCACAUGUUCAUUGUAAAGUUGUCAAACCACAACGUUAUUCGAGCAAAAAUGUUUUUACCCACACUGUAGGGAAGUUUGAGAAAAUGUUUUUGUGAAGACGUCCACAGAACCUUGCGCUUAAUGAUGGAAAAAUACAGGUUAACAACAUUGCGAAGGUCGUAUCAACACAGAAGUCGCCGGAGAAACUCGUCUCAAACCAGCUCCACUGUAUCUAACAGUGAAGGAGAGAGAAAUGAAAGGAAAGAAAUAUGUAUGACAAAGCACACAUCAGCAAUAACAAAUUUCAAACGAGCAGUCAAAAUGGUUAAGGUUGUGAACCUGCUAAGACCAAAAAACACGAGCAAAAUGGAUGAGCUAAGCAAAGUAGACACGUAUAUCACAUUUGCCGAGUUUGCAAAAGACAUGCGCCACAAAUCAUCGACGGCAUUAUUCGACCCGACAUUGUAUAGAGCUAACAAAGAGAUGCGUAUUUCAAGCGAGGCCAGAGAAACACUAAGGCUUCCACAAAAAUCAAAACUACAAAUUGAAAAGACGGUGUUAUCGUUGCGUAGCAUCAAAUCAUUUGCGGAAUAUCCAACAAGAAUGCAAAGAAAGCUAGUAGAGGUUGGUUGGUACGAAAGGCAUUCAGCAAAGAAUAUGAUUCUACGUCAGGGACAUCCUCCACAAGCCUUUUAUUUUAUUUUAUCAGGAAAAGGUGUGCAAAUUCUCAUCUCUUUUAUUUUUUUCUGUUUUCACCACCUUUAUUUUUAUACUCAAUUUCUACAAAUUUUUACAGUUUCGUCGUUUUUUAUUUUUUUUCUCGUUAUACUUAUUACUCUUACUAUACUUCGUCCAAAAUUUACAUGUAUGCAAAUAUUUGAUGUGUGUGUGAUUUUUAUAGCCGUCGUAAAGGUCUUAUCAACUAAAGACAAAGUUCCAAGAACCAUAUGCUAUCUAAAGAGAGGAGACAGCUUCGGUGAGCUCUCCAUCAUACAUUCUACAAACAGACAAGCAACCAUUAUCACUGAAGAAUGCAUCGAGCUGCUAUGUAUAGCAAAGAAGGAUUUUGUGGACAUUUUUAUGUCUUCUGGACCUGGUGAGAAAAAUGUAUAUGACCCAGACUUCGCAUCUUUUGUCGGAGAAAUCAAAUUCCUCAAACUUUGGCCUGUACAUCAACUUCAUAACGAACCCAAACACUGUCUUUUCAAUUACUUUAAGAAUGAUGCAGUGCUAGUGAAAGACAGCAAAUAUUCAGAUUGGAUUUACAUAAUCAAGUCGGGUAGUUGUAGAGUGUUAAUAAAGCUACAUAAAAUCAAUACACAACCAACUGGCAAAAAUGACGACAACUUCUUUAUGCAACGACGAAUACACAAGAAAGUUCCUGUACACCAAAAUUAUAGUCCAACAACAACCAGAACACACCUUAUAAAUAACAGCAGACCAAAAACCUGUCUACCAGAAAGGCAAUCAAAGAUAUGCAAGCGAAAAGGUAGAAGCCCUGUGUUUAGUAUAUUGCUUGUGAUGACAUACACUCAGCACUCCAAUUGCACUCCAGGUUCAACAAUGUUUAUAAAAAUCAUUGUAUUUAUAGAAAUGCAACAAAGCACUUAUUCAAAUCAGAAAAUAUCAAUUAUAGACAGUUCGUCCACGCAAAAUGUUAUCGCGACGGAAACACGAGGGAACUCCGCUUGUUUCGUUCAAAUUGCAACACUAGAAAAAACAGAUACAUUUGGACUGCAAAAUAUUUUCUGCAAGAAACAACCCAGCUUGAUUUUAAUAAGCAACGGUGCAGAGAUAUUCAUGAUAUCGAAGAAACAUUUCUUAAAACAUUGCAGUCAGGAAUGCUACCACGAAUUAGAACGAACCGUGCCGGAGUAUCCAACCAAUCACAAGCUUCAGCAACAACUAGAAGAUGAUAUGCGGUGGAGAGAGUUUAAGAGAAAUGAAAUAGUGGAUGUAGUAAGAAGAUGCAAAUCUGCAAAAAUAUAGCUAAAUAAUCUUCCUUUAUGUCCUUAAGAUAUAUACAUGGUUAUUGAAACUACACACGCGUUUCUUUGUUGACAUUCUCCAUACAUAAACUGUCUUGUGUUUCGAAAAGAGGGCGUCUAAUAGAGGACGGCCUGUACAAAAAAACACAUGGGCGUUUAAUACAUGCUGUUCGAAAUAUGAGUAAAGUUAAAGCUAUUUAGCAGUGUUUUUAAAACAAGUAGAACAGCUACUGUUACUUUAUCAUCCUAAUUUUCAGGUAUUGACACUUUCUUGCAUUAUUAAGGUAAUUCGAAGAUCUUCAAUGUCCAUCGCUUGAAAAUAAAAACAUGCCGAAACCUUUAAAGGGAAGCCGAGGUAUGAAAUGAUCUUUGUGAUGAUAAUUUCAGAUGCAUGGGACGAGCAAACGAGAAUUUUAUGGUAAUCAAUUCACCUUUAUAAUAUCUAUGCAUUGAUAAAAUUUGAAUGUAAAUCCCUUAUCAGGUCUAAAAUUAGUGAGGACAGAGAAUGUCAAAAUUUGCUAUUACUUAAAUAUGACAUCAUAAUCCAUGCAGCAUAAUUAAAUCUGAAAUUCUUUAAAUGUGAAUAUUGUGAAAAGAGCUUUAUUAAAAAAUAAAAAAAGACUUGUUAACCAUGUCUCUAUAAUAUAAGUCCAACAUCAUUUUAUACCUUGGGUUCCCUUAAUUAUAUUCGAGGUUCAAAGAUACUUUACAUAGAGGUAGAGUUGAUCAUCUGGAGAAAAUUCUGAUUAAAAUACAGAAGAAAGGACUUUGACGGCGCUGCGAAUACUUUAUGACAAAAAAACAACAAUGAAAAACACUUACCUAUUCUG